CGAUGCGCGAGAGAGCGAGACGACUGGCAAAAAUGAGUUUUACAAGUGGACAUGAAACUUCAAUCAGUACUUUUCAUGGAAAGCUGGAAAGAACAUUGAAAUGCACUCUUCGCACAAUUCUCCAAAAACAGUGAUAUGUGCUGUUGUCCUUUUCCGCGUUUUUCAGAAUGGAAGAAACUAAACUGAAUAGUACUACCGUCUCCUCGCGGAGCAUGAUACCCACCAUUCCCUCGGUGAUGUUCAUCUUCGGAGUGGUGGGCAACGUCAUCGCCAUCGUUGUGCUUUGCAAGUCCAGAAAGGAGCAGAAAGAGACAACGUUUUACACUUUAGUAUGUGGUCUUGCUGUUACGGAUCUUUUAGGGACCGUCUUAGCCAGUCCCGUCACUAUCGCUACAUAUGUCAAAGGCUCCUGGCCGGAUGGGGACCCGCUGUGCCAAUAUUUCGGAUUUGUCUUACUAUUCUUUUCCUUGGCCGGUCUUAGUUUAAUAUGCGCAAUGUCGAUAGAAAGAUACCUUGCAAUCAAUCAUGCUUAUUUUUACAAUGAAUAUAUCAACCAGAAACUGGCAGGCUUUACACUUUUCGGGAUAUACAUGUCCAACAUAUUUUUUUGCGCGUUACCAAGCAUGGGUUUUGGGGAGGUGAAAAUGCAGUACCCACAAACCUGGUGUUUCAUUGACUGGAGGAGUAAUGUGACCACAAACGCAGUCUACUCCUAUAUGUAUGCGGGGUUCAGCUCUAUCCUCAUCCUAGUUACCGUCAUCUGUAACGUACUGGUGUGUGGGGCUCUUAUCCGAAUGCACCGGAGGUUCGUACGGAGAAUGUCACUCGGGAAUGAACCGGGACGGAAUUCUGACUUUGGGAAAAGACGCAGCUUUGGUCGCUUGGCGGGUGCAGAAAUCCAAAUGGUCAUACUGUUGAUUUGCACAUCUGCCGUCAUCCUAAUUUGUUCAAUUCCUCUUGUUGCCCAGGUGUUCAUCAACCAGCUGUACCUAACAGAGGUGGAGAAGAGGAUUGAGAAGAACCCUGAUCUCCAAGCGAUCCGGAUUGCCUCCAUCAACCCCAUCCUUGAUCCCUGGAUAUACAUCCUGCUGAGAAAAGCAGUGCUCCUGAAGCUCAUUCAGAACAUCAAGUGUCUCUUCUGCAAGGUGGGGGCCUGUCACCCAGGGCAACAGGGAGGCCAGGGGGCCUUUCACUGCCGGGAUGGACAGCAGCCGUCGUCCGUCACCUCACGAGACGGCGGCUCGCUGGCAUCUCACGAUCUGAGGGAGGUCAGCAGCACCUCGCAGACUCUCCUCUACCUGCCCGAAGGCUCCGAGGGCUACAGCUGGCCGGCAGAGGAGCCGCCCGUCGACAGGCAGCACAGGUCUGAGCGUCCCUCCCUGGAGGCAGGGGACAGGGCAAGCUAUGUCUCAGAUGGCCCAUCAUCCGAGGGGAAGGACCUGCCUCCGAAUAGUGCCCACGUAAGCUAUCAGACAUUCCAGAUGGAAAGCAUCUGA